AUGCAGAUAGUUUUCAAGCCACAGAAGAAAAUCAUUUUUGAAGUUAUACAAGGCUGGGUCACUGUAUUCUCUAUUAAACCAUUCAGAAAUUGUUUUUCAUUUUCUGAAGUACCGUCAUCAGAGAAUAUGGAAACAAACCAAUGUACUGGGUAUUUUGAUAUGCUGAGUGAUACCAGCCCCCAGGUGUCUUGUUAUAUUACAGCACCAUCAUAUAUUCUACAACAUCUACAAUGCCAGGUAAUUAAUAGCAUGAGUUCUUUAAUAGUGAGUGAUAGUGAAGAGUUGGUCAGUAAUGUCAUCACUGUUGAGUGCUCAGACAUGGAAAAAAAAAUUCCAUUUCUAAUAUGCAUUGCAAUUCCAUUUACUGCACAUUACAGGUGAAAUUACAGAAACAUCAUGGUGAAAGUGUCUGACAUAAACCUUCAAUCAAGUUACCUAACCCCAAAUUCACUGGAAGGAAUGAGAGGAAGUUAUAAGGGGACCUGGGCUGAAGUCAAAGUGUACAAGCUGGGUGUCUUCUCUGUUGUGUCUUGUUUAAAGAAAGAGUCCUUCAUAGUAACAAAGAAAGGCCUUAGUCUUAAGCCAGGCAUGGGUUCCCGAGUGUCCUUAAAUUACCCUCCAGGGGUUUUCGGCUCCCCAGUGCUGGUACAAUUAAAGGUCCAAGCUGUUGACCCAUCUUUGGUGACAUAUUUGAAAACACGGCAAGAUACUUCCUACCUGGUAGUAUCCACAAGCCCUCUGAUCCAUGUUAAGCACCCAUCAACACAUCCUUUCCAAAAGCCAGUCACUGUAUUCCUACCUUAUUCUCCACACCCUGAUGAAAAGACUCUUGGAUCUGAGAUAGAUCAUAAAAGAACAGCUGGUGCCACAACAAACAGGAUCAUACCUUUCUACCUCAACCGGACAAAAAGCGCUUCCAUAAGAAAACCUGGGACGAAUGCCUGUGAAUCUUUGAAAUUACUGGGAUUCAGAAGCCAAGACAGUGGUUGGUUUGGGCUGGAUGAUGUGGUCUGAAAAACAAGAUGUGGCUUGAUAUCAUUUGAGUUGUGUGAACAUUUAGAGAGGUUUAUUGUGCUUCUUCUUUCUUCCAAUGUGGAAAACAGCCAUUUGGUUUCUUUCAUGAAAGCUCUGGAGGAAGCCAUGCUCAGCGGCAUUGCCUGUGCUGUUCUUUGCCACCAGAAAGACAAUCCCCGGAGAGUCAUUAUUCUCAGGCCGUCCAAAGAUUUAAACCAGGUGCUUCGGAACCUGCGCUCAGAAACGUUCGGUGGUCCCCAGGAGCCAUCGCGCUCCUUCCAAGUAAAAGGAGACCAACUUCUUUUAAGAUUUACUGGAAAUAACUUUGCUUCAAGCAAUGGGAAGGAUUAUGGAAAAGAUUACAAGCUUAUUUUUCAUUUACAAAGAAAACCCAGGCUGGAACUCCAAAUCAAAGAGGUGGAUGAAUUUGGAAACUAUAGCUGCCCUCAUUAUAAGGGCACCAUUGUAGUUCAUAAAAUACCUAAAGAAAAGGUAGUCCACAACUUGGAUCAAUCUCUUAUACUUGAUGAAAACCAUUAUCAGUUGCCAAUUUGCAAAUUACCACUGAAAUUGCCAAAG